GAAUCACAAAACUUGUACUCGGAAUGGAACUAAAAUAUCACAAAAGAAGAAGAAAACCUCUCGUCAAGCAACGAAUCACAUGCCUAGGUAAGAAUAAGAGGCAAAGCAUAAGUCUUUACGUUUCGCAUUCAUCUACAUUAUUAAUAACUUCAUUUUUCUCAUAAUAAGUUCUCCAUCGUUGAUUUGCCGAGUCACUUUUCCAUGCAAGAGGCAGCAAAUAUGCAACACCAGCGCCACCCAGUUACUAGCCCAUCGCGGAGCAGACACUCAACUAUCAAAGGAGAAAUUGUCGUUGUCCAGAGCCAUAAACAAUCUGGUUCGGGAAGAUCAGCUUCUCUUCGAUUAUAUAGUUCGACAGAAGUUGAUCCAAAAACUGGCAAGGGCAAGUUGAGCAACCAAGCUUACCUCAAAAGUGGAACCACCAAGACAGACGAUGGUGAAAAAACCAGAACAUAUAGUGUCAAGUUCCAGGUUGAACUAAACUUUGGAAAUCCAGGAGCUUUGGUUGUAACAAACCGAGGCAAGAAAAGGUUUUUCCUCCAAUCUGCAUCUCUUCAAAUCCAGAACAAUCAGAUUACACUUUUCGACUGCCACUCCUGGGUGUAUCCAUUCCGAACGACCAAAAAUUUAGAUCGAAUUUUCUUUGCAAAUACUAAAUAUCUUCCCAAUCAAACACCCCAAGCUCUAAUAGAACUGAGGAAGGAAGAGCUUAUUAGCUUGAGAGGAGAUGGAACUGGGGAGAGGAAAGAAUGGGAACGAAUUUACGAUUAUGAUUACUACAAUGACCUCGGGGAUCCUGACAAAGGUGAAGAACACAAUAGACCUGUCUUGGGUGGCUCGGAAUUACAUCCAUAUCCGCGCAGAGGAAGAACAGGCCGCCAUCCUAGCAAUGCAGAUCCUUUAACUGAAAGCCGACCAAGUACCGUUAACCUGGACAUAUACGUUCCUCCGGAUGAGAGGUUCAGCCCCAAGAAACAAUCUGAGUUCGCAUCAAACUCAAUCCAGGCUGUCCUGCAUUUCCUGACCCAUAAGGUAGAAUCUGUGAUACAGCCCGGUUCCAAUCAUUUUGAGUCAUUUGAUGAGAUACAUGACAUGUUUUCUCGCAACAAAAGUCAAGUAAUUGAGGGCGCUCUCAAAGAGAAACUGAAAGCUAUAGUACCAAAAGAGUUUUUCAAAGAAGUUACUCAUGCAAUCAAGAACCCCUUGAAACUUCCAGUUCCCCAAAUCAUAGCAGAAAACGAAUUUGCAUGGAAGGAUGAUGAAGAGUUUGGCCGCCAAAUGCUUGCAGGAAUCAAUCCAGCACGAAUACGAUCCUUGGAGGUAUUUCCACCACAAAGCAAAAGCGGAGCAGUGAGUUUAAUAGAGCAAUCAGACAUAGAGCACAACCUCGAAGGAAUGACUCUGCCUCAGGCAAUGAACAACUGGAGAAUAUUCAUCUUGGGUCACCAUGACUAUCUCAUGCCCUUCUUAAGCCAAAUCAACUCAAAGGAUGUUUGUACUUAUGCAUCCCGUACACUACUAUUCUUGAAGAGUGAUUUCACACUAAAGCCAAUAGCAAUAGAACUUAGUUUGCCGGGUUCAGAAGUAGACAAUGAGAUCAAUUGGGUAGUUCUACCGGCAAGUCAGGGUGAAGCUGCAGCACUCUGGCAGUAUGCUAAGGCCCAUGUUGCAGUUAAUGACUCUGUCUAUCAUCAACUAGUCAGCCAUUGGUUGCAUACACAUGCGGUGGUUGAGCCUUUCAUCAUUGCUACUAGAAGGCAGCUCAGUGUGAUGCACCCAAUCCAUUGGCUACUAGAUCCUCAUUUCAAAGACACCAUGCACGUAAACGCUCUGGCUCGGAGUAUGCUCAUUAACUCUGGUGGAAUCCUUGAGAAGACAUUGUUUUCUGCUGAACUCUCGAUGCAGUUAUCUGCUGAGCUCUACAAAGAGUGGCGAUUUGAUGAACAAGCCCUUCCUGCUGAUCUACUUAAAAGAGGUAUGGCCAUAGAAGACCCAGAUCCGAAUAACCCUUCUGGGGUUCAGCUCCUUUUCCAGGACUAUCCCUAUGCUGCAGAUGGACUUGAGAUAUGGACUGCUAUCCAGGCUUGGGUAACAGAUUUUUGCAUGCUCUUCUACACAGACGACGUUUCUGUAAGAUCUGAUGAAGAAAUCCAAGCAUGGUGGUCUGAAAUCCGAAAUGUUGGUCACGGUGAUAAGAGCAGUGAGACAUGGUGGUACCAAAUGGCAUCACGCGAGGACCUCAUCAAAGCUUUGACAACUCUUAUAUGGAUUGCAUCAGCCUUGCAUGCUUCAGUAAACUUUGGGCAAUAUGCAUAUGCUGGUUAUCCUCUAAAUCGUCCCACACUGUGCCGAAGGUUCAUUCCUGAGGAAGGAACACUUGAAUAUGCAGAGUUCUUGACGGAUCCAGACAAAUACUACCUUAGCAUGUUACCUGAAAGGGAUGAGAUGAUCUUGGGUAUAGCACUUGCAGAGGUGCUCUCACAACACACGUCAGAUGAAGUGUACUUGGGUCAGAGGCCAUCAACAAUGUGGAUACAUAAUGAACAGGUUAGCGAAAAGUUUGAAAAGUUCAAAAGAAAACUUCGAAUGUUAGAGGAAAGAAUUGAGUCCAAGAAUACCGAUCCCAGGCUUACCAACAGACGGGGGCGUGCCAAGAUUCCUUACAUGCUUUUGUACCCUGAUACACCCAAUGUUGAAUCCAGAGGGGGCAUCACGGGGAAGGGGAUUCCAAACAGUAUAUCAAUUUGACAUGUUUUAGGCAGUAUGAAAGAUAUGCGACUUUUCGAGCCCA